UGCCAUUGGUGACCUUAAGAUGCAAUCACUGAUGGCUGCAAGGACCUUUGUCACAGUUUCACGAAUGCUGAGUAAAGUGGAGAAAUCUUGCUGUAUAACGAUGUCUGAAAUGAUGAGCACUGAAAAUCCUGUUCAAGAACAAUUUUUACAAAGAGAGGAUAAACAGUUAGUACUCCAAUUUCGUCCAGCCCCUGACUCUAUCCAAACAAACCAAAGUGGGAAAACUGACGAUGUUCACAACUCAGAGAUGAUCAAUCAAGAGGAACUAGUGGUGGAAGUGGAUUCCCUAGCAUUUGUGGGAGUGAGACCAGAGAAGUUGAUACUGAAAAUGCAAAGAGACCAAAAGAUGGAUGCUUCGUUGGGAUCAAUCGAUCCUGAAUAUUUGGACAAAAUUUUAUCGAAUGAUGUGCCAGGUUCCAGUGAUGCAAAACAAAUGAAGUCAACAUGAAUCUGUUUUCUUGUGAGAGCUUCACGGUCAGUUCUAUGGUCCGAAGCUACAACGUUCAUAAACACAAUGUUAUAUUGCUCAAGCAGAUAUUUCAAGAGAAUCCUAACAUUGACAAAGCGUUCAAAUUUAAGAAUCCAUAUUUUCAGAGUGUCUUCAUGAACACAAUUGCCGAAUCCUAUCAUAGUAUAAAAAGUAAUCCAAGGAUUUUUGGGGCAAGAGACAUCAAAAAUAUGGAUGAAAUGGUGAAAGACAUGGAGUUUACUGGUUUGGAACUUACAUGGCUAAAGAAUAUGUUGACAGCGACCACUCAAAUGUUGAGGAAGAGAUUGCAGGAAGAGCAAAUGAGAGUGCAGGAAGAGCAAAUGAGAGUGCAGGAAGAGCUUCGCCAUCUAGAUCUAGUUGAGUUGGAUUACGACUGAAGAUACCACCACUUGAGUCAUUCUUCUUUUUCGUUAGGUAAUUCAAAAUCUUAAUGUUGUUGUUUUUUUCCCUAUUUUGUUAAGGUUUGUAGUUUUGGGUUGCCCUCCCGGUUCGGAGGGACUUUGUCCUGACUAAUCUGAACAUUAAGAUUUGAUGGGUGAGUCUUCCGGUGACUUUGUUAA